GUUGUUUUUUAUGAAAAUUGCGUUGUCUUGUCUAAAAUUUUUUUGGAUUUUCCAAUAAUUUAUGUUGUCAUUUUAACUAACUUUAUUUAGCAAUACGAUAAUUUGUAAUAUCAAUAUUACUACAAUCGUUGUAGCCAGAUGGCUGUUUAUGUCGAUUUAAAAUUGAAGUAAAUAUUUUCACUUUUGUGUCCGAUUGAUUUUUAUUUAAUUUUUUAUACAGUGGCUUAUUGUUAAUUAAUAAUAGCUGUUUUUAAUCACUUUACGUGUUUUAUAUUAUAUUUGGACGUCUCAUAAUGUGAAAUGUGAUUAGAAUAACUUGUUAUAGUGAUGGAUGAGAGAAUAAAGAACUCCCCUUGUAAGGAAUGUAGUGACGGUGCAGAAGCCCAGUUACACAAGGAGGUGGAACACUUACGGCAGCAUCUUGCAGAGCGUGAUGUGCACUUUGUCGCACUAGAGGCUGAAUUUUUUAAGUGUACUGCAAGAGCCAAUGAUUUAGAAGACCAAGUCAGUACUUGGAGGGAAAAGCAUGAAAGAUUAUAUGAUUCACACAAAAAGGUACAGAAAUUGAAUCAAGUUCUUGAGGAAAAGUUGCUUCAAAUGGUGGAUAAGAUGAAAAGUGAGAAGAGCCAAUUGACCAAAGAUAUCGCUACUAUAUCUGUGAGAUUAGCAGAGUCAAAACAUAACUACAGUAUGCUACAGAAAGAAAAUGAGAGAUAUAAAAAUGACAUGAACUUAGCAAUCCAAUUAUUGCAAUGCAAGCCUGAUAAUUUUGUGUCUCAGAAGCUAGAUAAUCUCCCUGUUGAUACUCAAGCAAGAGUAUCACAAUAUGUAAUGUCCAAAACAGCCAAGUCUGCUGGUUCUACACAAUCUAAAAACGGAAAUGACAUUGACACUUUUGACGCAAGUGAGUAUGAAUUCAAUAUUUCUGCAUCACUCAUGUCUAAAAUUCUCGAAGACAGCAUUCAAGAUUCUGUAACAAAGCAUUGUGACACAUGUUCCUGUUCUAAAUCUCAAAAUAAACCAUUCUGCUAUAACGAAAGUUAUUAUACAGUAUCUACACAGACUGUCUUGAGUGGAGAAAUCAAAAACAAUCUAUGCUUGAACUGCAAUGCUGAAAUAAAAUCGAUGCAUUCAGGUCUGAGUAUACGAAGCCAUUCCCCGCCUGGAAUAAGGCUUGUCAAUGACAGAAUGUCGCACAGCCCUUUGUACAUUAUGCCACAAAAUAGUCUUCCCGAACAGGAAGAGACUCAAGAACAUUUAGUUGAGAACAAUAAACCCAACAAUGUUAUUAAUGAUAUGAUCAAAAGUGAAGAUAAAUUGAAACUAAAUAAAGAUGUCCAACGGGAAGUUAUGCUUAAUGUAGAGGAUGACUUCAAGUUGCGCAAGAAUAGCGUAAAUAUGGAGCCAUCAGUACAUCACAAGCUCUGUGAUCGCACAAAAACCUCGAUUUCUAGCAAGAAAAGCAGUAUUCACAGCGUAGGGAAUGAUAUGCUUAGAGAUGUACCGAAUUAUAAAGAAAUAAAACCAAAAACUCCUAUUCUCCAAGUUGAGAAUGUAAACGAACGGAAAAAUUCUCAUAGUUCAAUGGGCGCUGCCAGUCGGACAUCAUCUAUAGCGAAAUCAACUGUGAGCACUCAUAAAUCCAAUACACAAGUAGGCCCAGGGCCUCGAUUUUGCCACUUACGUAUGCAAGCGGGUUCUAAAAAUAUACUACUAGAUAACGCAGAGCCAGACGUUCCACCUGUGUUAUAUCGCCGUCAGAGCAAAUGUAACGAAAAUUCAAUUUUUAAGGACCUCAACGAUGGCUUAGACAAUUUUAUAGAUUUAGAUAAAAACGAUGACGACGCCAAAAGUGAUAUUAUUAAAAAUGACAAUGUAGUGGUGGAAAGUACUCUGAUAGAUGUUCAUGUCGAUAAUAACAAUAAAGAAGCGAGUAUGUCCGUAAAAAGUAAUCCGAUUAAUCCAGUUUUGUUGAAUGUUUCAUCAUCGCCACUGCAACCAUUAAAGACUCACAACUUUUCUAACAAUUCGGAGUAUAAUAAUAAUUCUCAGCUCGGUAGCCAGCAUAACGCGGCAGAAAUCGAUAAUUUGUUAAAUGACUUUAAUGGUGAUUCAAACAAUACACAGAACAACACUGAUCUCACUAUCGAUAUUUCCAAUAAAAUAGAUGUUGCGUCGCCCAAUGAAAAUCAAGAGAUAAAAAUCUUUAAUUUUGAUCGCUACGAGCAAAGCAAAGCCAAUCAAUAUAAGAGACCGCUCAAGAAAAUCGAUAUGUCACAGCUCCAUUCCAUUGAAAGUACUAAAAUUUCAAAAGAUUUUCCUCCCGUCGGAGUAGAAGAUGACGAAAACAAAAGAGCAGAAACAGUUAAGCCAACCUUACCAAACAUAGUCAAUGUUUAUCCUAAUUUGACUCAAACCCAUUUGAAAGUUAAUGAAAGCAAAAAAGUAUUCACAAACGAACAAAGUACUAGUUCACUUUCAAGCGAUGACAGCGCAGCUCUUUUGCAAAAGCAGCAACUGCUCAGAGUUGCGGAAUGGGUUGAAAAGAAUCUGGAGCAACAAAACAAUUUGAACGAUCCCUUAGAAGAUGAAUGCUCUUUUACAACUCGUGCUAUGAGGAGAGACAGUAAAAUAAACAGACUCACUGAGACAUUGAACGAACUGGCGCUGAACAUGCCACAUCCCGUCAGCAAAUAUUCCAAGAUGUACACCAGGGAGCCUCGUAAUAAUUGGCCUAAUAACGUCGUGACGAGUCAGAAUAUGAACCAGGAUAAAGCAACGAAGCAGAGUGAUUCGAACCCAAAAAUAAUAAAUAACAUCGUGAAGGAGACGAUAUUUCCGGUUGAAUGUGGAGAUGAAACAGUGACAGAGAUCAACGAUAAUUCAAAAGUGUACAGUCGCGGUGGUAUCGCAGACAUUGACGUUCGCAAAGAAUUGCGUGAUGCUUUGAAAAAUAAAGGUGAAAAGGAGAUUUCUCCGGAAGAUUUGGCUAGAAUGGAAUAUAACGUGAAGAAAUUUUUACUAAGUGGGCCCCAUUGGGUGAAUUCGGGUUCUGGCGGCAGGAGUCGGCGCACAAGCAGCAAAACUGAGACUGAUGUAUAAUUCCACUGUAGGUAAUGAUGAUGACAUUCCUUAUUAGUAGAUAUGUGUAUAUUUGACAGUUUGUAGCGGCUAAUUGUUUUUUUUUAACAUUUUAGUGUAAGGAAACUAGUGCUGUUUGUUUUAUGUAAGUAAUUUAGAAAAUUGGAUGUGAGUAUCAAAAUUGGUAGCCGUUUAGACGUGGCAGCGUCUAUCGAAAGCGUUACAAGAUUUCAUUAUAUUUUUCUAUAACGCAUCCGUAAUGACGUUAAUGCGCCUAUAGGUAGGUAUAAUUAUAAUUAUAGUCCUACAAUUUAUUGAGCUUUUGUCACAGUUACAAAGAAAAUCGUAUCCGAAUAUUAUGCAGCUAUACUUCGUUUUCAAUAAGUAGUAAAUACUUAAUAUGCAAUAAAAUACCCAAAUGAGCUUAAAUAACAUUUAAUUAUGUUAGAUGAUAACAUAGGUAUUCAAUUAAAAGUUUAAAUUCUUUUGGCAAUUUAAUUAUCUGUGACGUGUUCGAAUUCAUUAGCGCUAAGAUUUGGAGAUCUUGAAAAUGUUCGACGUCUGUUUGUCUAGUCUAACGUCUAGUGUAGGGGUAACAUAAUAUACGACACCGAUAUGUAUUGCUUAUUGGCU